UCCCUGGCUCUAUUUCUUCCCCAAAUCCCCCCUCUCUCUCCCUUACCCUAACCCUAGCCAUGGCCGGCACUUCGAGCUCCUCGGCGGGGAAGCAGUUGAAGAAGAGGAGCAUGGUAGUGUGUUGUCAGCGCCGCCGCCGCUGCCGGCGCAAGCUCCAAUUUCGUCUGGUAUGUUGCCGCGCGAAGGAAAUCGUCGUCGUCGCCGCCGCCGAUCGCCUCCAGUGUCGCUAGAGUCACUUUUAGGACCUCCGGUGCAUUUAACUUUUUUUUUUCGAAGAAAUACCUUUCCUCUUCCUCCCGGAUUGACCCCUUCCUCCUCCGCGCCGCUCUCGUGUUCUCACCUACCCAAGUUCCAAUCCAUCCCAUCCACGCCGCUCUAAAAUCUCUCGUGUAGCAUCAGGUGUGCCCUAGAGCUGCCGCCUUACGGUAGCUUAGCAUCACCGCAACCGUCUUCUCCGCAUCUCGUCGCCGCCAUCGCUGUUCCCCUCUGCCUCGUCGUGUGCCUGCUGUCUCCACCACCGUCCGCAACAUUGGGCACUGUUCUCCUAGGUAUGAGUUUUCGUCUGCCGGUGAUUAGUUAAUCCAAAACAAAUCUCCACAAGUUUUGGAUGCGCACCAUCUGGAUUCGCCCUUACGAUGUGCAAAGUUGAACGGUUUAACCCCAACCUGAAAUUGGGUUGCGUUCUUUCUUUUUCGAGCAGCAGUUAAAAUUUGUGCGUUCUACUUAUGUCCGGGACUAGCGCAAUAAUUUUUUGCACUGAUCUUACGCACUCUGUUCUUUUUUUUUUUGAGGGGUUACGCACUCUGUUCACGCAUCGGGGUUAUCCAAGUUAAUUUUGCGGGUUUAGUAAAUAAUGUAUUAGCUCAAGGACCAUAUCAUCUGACAUAAACUGUAAGACUUAAAAUAGGGACCUUUUCUUUGAUGAUCUGUGAUGAUUCUAUAACCUUGUGUUACUGUUGAUGACAGAACAUUUUGAGACUUUACUUUUUUUGUGGUUCAGUGUUGGGAAUAUGCUGCAAAUUAAGAGGGGUACGGAUGAUGGUCUCAUGGAAAAUCUCAGAGAAAGCUCAAAAAAGAAUAGAACUUGCAUUGGUAGAGAAGAGACACUUGAUUUGUCGAUUUCAGGUGACUUACAUCGGGAUAGCACUUUGGAAGAACAAAUUGAAAGCGAUUCUGGUCAAAGCAUCUGGAGUGAGCUCAGUGAACAAGUUACUUCAGAAUUUUCUACAAAUGUUGUCUGCCUUGCUUUGUGUCCUGGACAUGAUGUGUUAUUUGCGUGCUCAGGCAUAGCCGUGCACUGCCAGGUUCAUUUUGCAAGGUUCCUGACUUCAGCAAGUUUGGUCAGAGCUUUCAAUGAUCUUAAAAGAGAAGGCCACGAUGGCUUGAAGAUCCAAGUGCAGCGCAAAGGCUAUGUUGCCAGAGGGUCAUUGGGGGACUAUAAUUUCGAUCAGGGAAUUGCUCUUGUCAGCAUAAAGCUUUUCACCCUUGGUGUUAAUCCAGUGAAACUCUAUCAUCAGCUGGAAUUUCUUCCUUGUAGUAAGGUAGUAUCUGUAGCAUGUGCAACCACUGGCAAAUUAAUGGUCACAAGUGGAAUACUGACCGAUGAUACAAGUGGAUCUGAAAAUGGCAAAGAGCUUAUGUUCUCAACUUGUAAAAUCUCCAAGGAUUGGGAAGGCGGAGCACUUUUUGAUUAUGAUGGAAACUUUGUUGGCAUGAACCUUUCUUCGGUUGAGGAAAGAACAUCUUUUUUGCCAACUAGUAUAAUUAUCAAACAUUUGGAACAAUUUGUGCCAAACAUGGAAGUUAAGUUUACUAUGUCCUGCAGGCCUGUAACACUACGGAGAUAUGAGGAAAUACAACCCAGGCCCUAUAUGCACUAUCCAAGAGACAUAUAUGGGGAUCUAGACUCCUUGGGCUAUCCAAAGCAAUCAACAACUACUAUCCGUGAGGGCUUGAUUUUGGUUAAUACUUUCGAAGAGACUUUUGGUGAAGUAUACGAUUCUGGUAAAGGUGUCUGGAGCCGACUCGGGAAAACAAUUUCUAAUCAUUUCCAUCAAGUUGUUGUCUCACUUGCUGCAUUCAUCGGAGAAACAAGGAUUUUUGCAUGCACAGGCUUAUUUAUUGAUUGGAAUGGAUGCACCACCAUUUUGACUUCAGCAAGUUUGAUUCGGGAUCCUAACGAUGGAAACAAGAUUGCUGAAAACUUGAAGAUUGAAGUCAAUAUUCCAAAUGAAGGAUGCAAAGAAGGGAUAUUACAACAUUGUAAUUUACACUACAAUGUUGCUCUUGUUGAUGUCGAGAAGUUCCGUCCUCUUUGUUCAUCUAAAAUUCUUGAAGAACAGUGGGACCCUAGAAUUCUUGAAGAUCCGAAUGUAGUAGCUGUUGGGCGCUGCUUCAAAUCAGGCGUGUUAAUGGCUACACAUGGAAAACGGACUGACUGGUCAGGCAUGCUUGAUUGCAGAGAUCUUCGGUACUCCAGUUGUACAAUCACUAAGGCUGGGAUUGGAGGGCCCCUGUUUGACUUCAAGGGGAGAUUUGUUGGCAUGAACUUCUAUGAUAAGAAAAUAGGGACCCCCUUCGUGUUUAAGGAUCAUAUUUGUCGACUGCUGGCACAGUUUGAGGGAAAAAGCACCGUUGAUGAAGUUGGCAGUGAUGAUAAACCAAUUAGGUGGCCUGUGCCCAAGCCGUGUUGGCGCCACCCGCAUGAUGAGCUCGAUGAUUUGCGCCCACCUGGGUAUGGGGAAAAAUCUGAUAGAUUCGGAUUUACAUAUGUGCGUGGAGUCAGAGUUGACUACCAUUAGAUGACUCUUUCUAUGCUCCGUUGGAUUACCUUUAGACGACUUUUUCUCUGCUCCGUUGGAUUAUCGUUCUCCAUAUUGUCGAUCUGGUGAACCUGUUGGCUGUCUUGUAGCCUUAUUCUAAUAAUGUUUGAACCAAUAUUUUGGUGUUCAUCUGCUGUCAUAGUUGAAAUUGUACUACUUGUGCACUGAUUCCAUAUGAUGGUACUUUAUCGUGUUACUUAAA